CUCUGGCAUACCUGUUCAAGCUCUUGCAGGAUUUCACUUGCUGCAAUCUCAAAGUGGGCGUGCGCUAGGAUCCGCUGAUCCACCGGCACUAUCGCAGCUGAAGCCGAGCACAAGAAAAAGCGCCUUAGUACAUAGCUGACGUAUGGACGGAGCUGCCAGGUCCGCUUAGGCUCCUCACGGACACUAGCCUUGUCGGGGGCCGGCUUCCACUUGUUUGUCUCCAUUUUGGCCCGAACGUUAGGAAGAGCAUCUGGAAGUAUAUAAUACUACAACAGAGUCAAGGCUAUUACGAGUCUCUGAUUAGUAUGCCUGCCAUCGCGCGUGGUAUACGACCUGGCGUAGGCUCCUAUUCUGUGUGGGAUCCCAUCGACAGUCUGCUCGAUGGUCGGUGGUCAACGGUGGUCAGUGGUCUGAGUCAAUGUGGGAUCCCAUGCCGGCUCUCAUCCCAUGCCGAGUGGGAGCCUUCGAGGUGGAGACCUAGCUGUGGGUUUCGACCCCGCCCGGAACCGGGCGUGUCCCCCGUGUGCCCCGACCCCGACCCCGACCCCGACCCCGACCCCGACCCCGACCCCGACCCCGACCCCGACCCCGACCCCGACCCCGACCCCGACCCCGACCCCGACCCCGACCCCGACCCCGACCCCGACCCCGACCCCGACCCCGACCCCGACCCCGACCCCGACCCCGACCCCGACCCCGACCCCGACCCCGACCCCGACCCGGUCACCGGGGCACGCUCCAUGGAUCGCAUGGCGGUCCGCUAGUGGGAUUACUGGGCCUCUUUCCAGUCGAUUUAGUGGCGCCCCCUUUAGAAUGCUCCGCCGCAGUACGGCUGCCUUUGGGAUUGCAAUACCAACGCUAAAUAUACCAGGAAACAAAUCGGGGCGGAGUAAAGCCGAGGUCGGAUUUUGCGACCUGGUCGGGGACUGCCUUUCCCAAGGCGUGACACGCGGCAAACACCCAGCAAGCCAACUGACAGGCCUUCGUCGCAAUUAGCCUAAAACAACAAGGUUAGCAAGUAUUGAGCAUCGCAGAGGAAGAAGCCCACUAAAGU